AAACAUCAUCUCGAAUAUCAUCUUCGUAACCAUUUCGGCUCGAAACCAUUCAAAUGUAACAAAUGUAACUACUCGUGUGUAAAUAAAUCCAUGUUGAACAGUCACAUGAAAUCACACACCAAUGUAUAUCAGUAUAGAUGUGCCGAUUGUACCUACGCUACUAAAUACUGCCACAGUUUGAAGCUCCACCUACGCAAAUACAACCAU